UGCUUAUCUAAUUAAGCAAAGUGAGAGGAGCCUUGAUCCUCACCAGCCAAUGCCUUUGUAAACUUCAUGUAUUAUGUUGCCAUAUUUUAUCUCAACAGUAUCUCGGAAGCAGAUGAAAAGUGAUGAACUCCGAAUAAUUUUGGUGGGGAAGACAGGAGCGGGGAAGAGUGCCGCAGGAAACACCAUCUUGGGGAGCGAAGUGUUUCAGUCACAACUGUCUGCUGCUUCCUGGACAUUUCAAUGCAAGAGGGCUGAGGGAGAGGUUAGAGGUCGAAAUGUCACCGUCAUCGACACUCCGGGGCUGUGUGACACAAAUUUCACCCAUGAAGAAGUGUUGGAGAAGAUUGAGCAGUGUAUUUCUCUGUCUGCCCCUGGUCCUCAUGCCUUCCUUGUGGUUCUGAGGCUCGGCAGGUUCACCCAGGAGGAGAAAGACACCCUGAGGAUGAUUCAAAGCACUUUUGGUGAAGAGGCAGCUAAAUACUCACUAGUGUUGUUCACACAUGGAGACAAACUAAAGAAACAAACUAUUGAAAGCUUUGUUUCAAAGAGUGAAGAACUCAAAGAGUUCAUUCAGGAAUGCUAUGGGAGAUAUCACGUCUUCAACAACCAGGUGAAAGACCAGGAACAGAUUGACCAGCUACUGGAGAAAAUUGACAGAAUGACUCUGGACAAUGGCGGAGGGCACUACACUGCACGGUUGUUCACAAAAGCAAAAAGGCCUCAAAGAAAGAGAAACGAAGACUUUCAAAGGAGCAGAAGGGCAGAGCGGGAGAGGAAGAGCACCCUGAAGGCUAAAGUUAAGAGCGAAAUGAAUUUAACAGGAGGGUCAACUAAACGCAGUAAAUGUAUUCUGCAGUAG